AUGCCCACUGUGUCAUUGACUUCUGUACUUCAAAAUCUUCAAGCUGCACGUGGCCACUACACCUUCAAGUCUCCGCCGAGGGCUAAAGCGUUUUACUGCCAUCAAUUUUCGUUAGCGAGUAUUGAUGGAGCUUUAAGUACUGUCGUACUCAAUGGAUUGGUCCCCCUCUUGCGUCUGAUUAUUACCUUUUAUAUUGUUUUUGUGAGUAUUACUCAGAUAACCCUGCAUUGUUUUGUACGCAACUGGAAUGAUAGAUUAUACACACCAAAAUUGCCUGAGGUUAUUUGUUGCCCCACGAGGCUAGAAGUUGACAAACAUGUCGUAAAGGCAUCAAUUGACCUACAGCGACCGAACCACGGUCUGAGCGUACAUAAUCCUUGUCUUUCCGACGCCAAUCUAUAG